CAGAAAACACAUCAGUUCAAUUACUGUUAUUUUGUUUCAGAACCUAAAACCAGGAUUGAUGCAAUCUGCAUACACUUGCGUACAAGAACAUCCCAUUUGGCAAAAUCCACAAUUUUGGGAGGAAACAUUCUUUAGCGAUGUUCAAACGGAUAUAAAGCAUUUAUACGAUGGAACAAGCACUAAAAAGAGGCUAUCCACCGAUAAACUGUUAGCCCAUAGUUCUGGCAUUUUUGAACGCCUAUCCACUCCACGAAACUCACGGAACAGCCUCACGCAAGCAUCGCCUCCGUCAUUAGUACCAAAACAAGACCUCAUUGUUAUCACGAAAUCUGGUAUCUACCCGCAGGAUGUAUCUGAUUCUGAUUUGAUAGUGAAUGAUGAAGCGUUAGAUAUUGCUGCUAAGCAGCUUGGCAUGUGGGAAACAUUUUCAAAAGAUUCACAAAAGACAUACGUAACAAACGAGGAAAGCAUCGUGUUUAGCCAAGCCAUCCACUUCGUCAAUCGUAUGGUGUAUCUCAUGAUACCCCUCAGUGUCUCUCAAAUGGUUAAACCAAAGAAGAGACGUCAAAACGAUGUCAUUCUAGAAAAUACUGGGGUGAAAGAGAACGUAGAUGGAUCCAUUGCAAACACUAGUAUUGGAUCAGAUGGUCGUGCUAAUCCCGGUAAAAUUGUUCCUCAAAGUACAAAUGGAUCUGUCAGUGAUGUCAAUGAUACCACCACGGGGGUGGGUAGUGUGUAUGGGGACGUCCAUGCUGGUGACCACUGGGAAGAUGAUGAAACGGACACAAUUAUUGAUGAAGUGACGAGAUUUGUUAUUCGCUUUGUGGAUAGAGUUGGAACAGUUGCAGGAAUUUCAACCGACCAUUUGAAGUCUCUUUACAGCUUGGUGCCAAGUGUGGUGACUAUGCACACAGAAUCACUGGAACCAGUUUACAGAGAAUAUAAACAACUUGCUCCUAUUCGAAAGGCUAAAAUAAUCCGACCCGCCAUGUUGCCUCUUGAAGAAAUGCAAAUGGAUGGACUUCGCUGUUAUUUAAUUCCGGAUGGUCGGGAGACUGGCACUGGUGUGCAUUAUGGCGGUCCUGUUAUUCCUGCGGAAGGCGCUGUAUUUGUUACUAAUUAUCGGAUUAUAUUUAAAGGAACUCCUCUUGAUGAAUUUGCUUCAGAAAUGAUCGUGACGAGAAGUUUUCCAAUUGGAUCCUUAGUGAGAGAUAAGAAACUCCCAGCUCAGUAUUUGCGACAUCUUAGAUCUUGGUUGCAAGAAUGUGUUCAAUUGCGAUCUGCGACGUUUCAGAUGUUAAAGCUUUGUUUUGAUGAGGAGGUCGGUGCCGAGAAAAUUGAACUGUUUCGUAAAACGUUGACGCGAUUACGAUAUCCUUCAUCGGUCUUAGACACAUUCUCGUUUAAAGAAGCGGACAAGAAACCACCUGCAAAAGUUGUCCGCCUGCAAAUUCCACCCGCAGAAAGUCAACCGCGCAAUACUGGCGCUAGAAUACCUCGGGCUGUUAGUGAUAUUCGAAAGGAAGCAAAGCAAGCGAGAGGAUCGAUGAAACGAGGCCAAACUCGAAAUGGCAUAUCAUCCCCUAGAUUACCUAGGAAUAAUUUUUCAUCUGAUGGUUCUGUAGAAAGUAUGAGCGGCGAACAGGUUGAUGGAUCUUUUGUGGUACGAAAUGCGCCGGUUAUUGAAAACUUGAAUUUAACCCCGUAUUGUGAGGAGUAUAAAAGACUUGGCUUUGGCUCUGUACUUGACGAACGUAUAGGGAGUAAAAGUGGAUCUUGGAGGCUUUCUAUGGUCAAUCUUUCGUACGCAGCCUGCCGAAGUUACCCGGCUGUUUUAGUGGUGCCACAACACGUGACCGAUGACUCUUUGUUGCGAGUGUCUAAAAACCAUCGCCAUAUGCGUUUUCCUGUUGCGACGUGGAGACAUAAAGUCAAUAAAUUCGCCGUUUUAUUGCGAUCUUCUGCCAUUGAACGAAGCUCUGUGGCAUCCAUCAUUCGCUCUGGUGUAGCUGCAAGUGGUGGAAGCACUGACGCAAUACGUUCAUCCAACGUGGAGCAAGAUAAAUAUUUAUCUGCCGUUGUGUCUUCAAAUUCUGUAUCGUGGAAUAAAGCGGAGGCGAAACAUCGUUCAUUGGCAGCCAACGUCAGCAUGUCUAAAGCAACGAUGAAUCUACGAUCAAAUGACAAGGCAUCUAAACGUGUUUCUGUUGUGGAUUCCGUUGAUAAAGCAAUAACUGAGCAAGGAUGGGAGCCUGCUGCACUAUACGUUUUUGGAGACAAAAGCAAUUUAAAGAAUUUAAAGAAAGAUUCGUAUACCAAUAUUGAUUUUGUUCCUAUUGAGAUACCGGAUGUACGUGAUCUCAAAACCAGCUUACGUAAGUUGUUCAAAGUUUGCUGUCCCAGCAAUCCCCCUAAAGAUUCCACUCAAGGUGAUCCAUUUUUCAAGUCGUUGCAAGAUACUGAUUGGUUGAAGCAGUUAUCGCUUGUACUUCGGAUAUCCGGUGCUGUCGUAGAUCUUUUGGACAUUCAGGGAUCAUCUGUUCUUGUCUCGUUUGAAGAUGGAUGGGACAUUACUACACAAGUGACGUCAUUUGCUCAAGUAAUGUUAGAUCCAUACUACCGAACGAUUAAUGGUUUUAAAAUUUUAGUUGAAAAAGAAUGGUUGUCCUUUGGACAUCGUUUCUCACAUCGCUGUAAUCAUACACAUUCAACUCAAUCAAGUGGAUUCACGCCUGUUUUCUUGCAAUUUCUUGAUGGCGUCCAUCAGAUAUUACGUCAGUAUCCACUAUCCUUCGAAUUCAACGAGUAUUAUUUACAUUUUCUCGCCUAUCAUCAUGUCUCCAUGCGUUUUCGUACGUUUUUACUGGAUUCAGAGCACGAACGUGUGCAGAUGGGUUGGCUAUCAGAUGCUGAAAAGAAAGAUGCAAAGACUUCUAAAUCUCACAUAAAAAGUCUUUGGGAUUACAUCGACAUGCUACACAAAAAAUCAUCAUUAUUUUAUAAUUUCAAGUUUUCGAAAGAACAUUCUGAAAAGGUGCUUCGUCCUCAUUGCAACGUUUCCAAUCUAAAAUUAUGGAGUUAUUUUGUUUCGGAGAAUGUCUCCACUGGUCCAGAGUUUGAUCAAGAAGUUAUAAAUGAGACAGAAACUGCUGCCGAGGAAGGACAACAGAAGUUAGAAGACAAGUACGAUGCCAACAGACGCUGUCGAAGUGGUAUGUUUGGUGGAUCGGUUCAUUACGACAAUAGUAGCUGUGCAUAUCAUUUGUACGAAUAUAAUCGCAUCGAAGAAGAGGCUGACAAACACGCAACUCGUUGGAAAAAUAUAUGGCAGCGUUUGGAACAGCCUAAAAUAACGAAAACGUUUUUAACAUACAAUGAAGAACUUUCCAGAGUCCGUAGUGGUGUACUACACAAACGAGAUACAAUGGACAUAAUACUUGAGGGGAAACUUCAAAUCGAAGACUACAGUAACCAAGGUUUUUCACGACCUCAUUCAUUUGAACCUCACAGUUUCUUUACGCCAACCAACUGCGAUUUCUGUCUACAAGUGAUAUGGAAUAUUGGAAAAGGAGGAUUCAGAUGCACAGAAUGUGGAUACAACUGUCACGAGAAAUGCUUAUCACGUGUUCCUAAAACGUGUCCUAAUUACAAGAAUCUAAAAGACCAGAAUGAUAGAAUGCCAUCAACUAGUAACAAAAGCUUACACGAGUCUCCAAGUAUAAACAAAUCUUCGAAAUUUUUGUGUGGGUAUCUAUGGAAACGAGGUGCUUUAUUCAAACAAUGGAAGCAACGGUAUUUUGUAUUGGAUACGGAAAGACAUCAGCUUCGUUACUAUGAUGAAGUAAGCGAUGUUCAUUGUCAAGGUGUUGUCAACUUAUCUGAAAUUAUUUCAUGUGAAAUGUCACAGUUGAAUUCAAACGAGAAGCAAGUUUUUUUCGACCUUCGUACAGAGAAACGAUUGUAUAAUUUGUAUGCUGCGACGGAGGAAGAAGCCAAGAAAUGGAUAUCUAAAUUACAAAGCUUGGAUACGUAGAGCUUCCACGAUCCAAUCAGGAAUUUCAUUAUAAUCAAAAGAAAUGUUGUGCAUAUGUGAAAUAUUUUAACAUUUUAGAACGCAUAUUUAGGGUAAUUUAUGUAUGUAUUUUAAUUUUUUUUAAAUAAUAGUAUCAUUUUGAGACACGCACAGGUUUCAAAUAAACAUGACUGAAAUAACCAAUACGAAUUUUCGUUGUAUUUCCACAUGUUAUAAAAAUAGUGUGACACCAGAUAUAA